AACGACCUUGGAAAAAUUUCGUUACAUACCGCGUUCCACGAACACAGGAAACAGUUAAUUAUGUCAAAUGAGUAUCUUGGUCCGUGGUAUGAAAGCCUGCGGAACAGCACUACAACAAAAGCCAAUGCCAACAAUGACAACAGUGGUAACUCUGAAAAACUGUUGGAAGGAAUCUCUGAAGCGAAAACUACAAUAGACUUAUUUUUAAAUAAUCGAUUUGAGGAGGCAAAGAACCGUCUGAAGAAAAAUGCUCAAGGCGGUAUGUACCAGGAACUUGCUAAUUCUACUGUACUGUUUAUCCAAGGGAUGGCAACUAUUGAACAGGAAAAUUUAGAACUGGCUAAAGAAACUUUAAAAACAACUCUGAAAGCAUGUGCAUCCAAUAGACGAAAAGCUGCUAUUUCAGAAACAUUUACUAAACAAACCGAUAAAAAUCGUAACGCCAUUUUCAAUUUAUACACGGAUGAACAAGCACAUGCUGAACUGUGUUAUGCUGAAGGUCUUCUACAAAUGGCGUUUCUUUCAAUGCUUCAAGAUGAAAAGUUAACUAGUCUUAUCAAGUGUUCUCUGAAGAUACGACAGUGCUAUAAAUGCUAUCGAAUAUGUUGGAGGAUAUUGAAAUAUCGAAGUUGGGACAAUCAGAUCAGUAAAUCAGCUUUUGAAAGCGGUGUACAUUUGGGUGUGGGAGCGUUUAAUCUCAUGAUAUCAAUGCUUCCAAGACGUGUGUUGAAAUUACUGGAGUUUGUUGGCUUCUCAGGGGAUCGUCAAUUUGGUUUGGAACAACUUCGAUUGGGUGCACAAAUGCAUGAUUCACUACGUGGUCCACUAUGUGCUUUAUUAUUAUUAUCCUACGACUUGUAUGCUACUCAUAUGCUUGGUGACAGCGUUGUAAGUGUAUCUUGUGAACAACCAGAACAUUUAAAAGAAGCUCGUGAACUGUUAGAUCAAUGGUCAGUUGUCUAUCCUAAAAGUGCUAUAUUCCUCCUGCUGGCUGGUCGAUUGGAAGAAAUAUCAGGAAAUUUGAAGGCGGCUAUUGAAUUAUUUGGACGCUCAAUUGAUUCUCAGUCUGAUUGGAUUCAUUAUCAUCAUCUUUGUUAUUGGGAGUUGAUCUGGUGUUAUGCAUUACAAGGAGACUGGCAACAGGCUAUUCGUUAUACAGAAAAGUUAGCUUUAGAAAGUCGGUGGAGUCAAGCUUCAUAUCGAUAUAUGAAAGCCGCUUUCCUUCUACAAAGUAUAGAAGAUCGUACAGCGCCUGAUAUCACCUCGAAUGAUGGUACAUCGAAAAAUCCACAAGAUGUUGUAGAUCAACUGCUUGCAGAUAUACCGAAAUUGGUGAAACGUUUUGGUGGGAGAUCUUUACCAAUUGAAAAAAUUGCCCUCAGGAAAUCUUCACGCUACUUUUCACAGAACAAAACAUUAACACUUCCAGCCUUGGAGCUAAUAUUUAUUUGGAAUGGUUUUAAAAUGAUUCAAUCACAACCAGAUGCUAUAACAACAUUUAUUAUGAUUUGUGAAAAUAAAAUCAAUGAACUGUUUCAAAACAGAGACACCAAUGAAAACUUUUUCGACGAUUAUUGUUUAGCUUUAAUGCUAAAAGGUGUAUGUCUUCGAUGUCGUGGUCAACCGUUUCAAGCGUUUAUGUGUUUCACUGAAAUUCUACAAUCAAAAAAGAAACUAAAAAUGGAUACUUAUUUAUUACCCUACUGUGAAAUGGAAUUGUGUCAUUUAUCCUAUGAAGAUGGUGAUAUUGAUGAGGCUGUUAAACACUUGGAGAAAGCUCUGAGUUAUAAAGGUUAUCAUUUAGAGUCACGACUACACUUUCGUAUCCAUGAAAUGGAUACCAAGUUGAAAGAGAGUCAGAGGAAAUUCUCGACAUCAACUUUAAAACACCAGCAACAACAACCACACCAAAACCAACAUCAAUUGUCACAACUGCAACUGCAACAACAACAACAAUCAAUGAAGAAGACUGGCAGUGAACAUCUUCUUACUAUUCCAAAUAGUAAUGACAAUAAGUCAAUAUCAUCCUUUAAGUCUGUAGAUAUCCCUGUGAAUUAUGCUUCAACACCGUCAUCCUCUAACGCUUCAAAGAGUUUUUUGUCACCUGGAACAGGCGGAUCAACAAGUGGAAUGAUGAUGAAUUCAUCAUCACCAUCACGAUCAAGACGAUUAUUUGAUGAUGAUGAUCUUGAUUUGGAUUUAGAUGAUGCUUGUGGUUCAGAAGGUUCUCAUGAAGAUUAAAUAAGAAUGAUCUAAGUGCUUCUCUGGAUUGACUAUUCUCCCUCCCAUUUGUACUACACAAACACAAACACACACACAAAGAGAUUGAUUGUCUUCAAACCAACCAACCAACUCACCUCCAUUUCAUCCCUUCACGUUUUACCCCUCACAGUGAACGAUUCCCUUCCUAUCAGAGAGAGAGAGAAAGAGAUCUAUGAGAAGAAUUCAGUUCAUAUAUAAAUCUAUAUAAAUGAAACAAGUCUUUCCUAUUACACAAUCACUCAUAUAAACAUUAUUACUAACUAGUAGUAAUUAUAAUAAUAACAAUAAUAAUCUCACAUAUGGAAUGCCUGCACCAAGACAUAUACACCCACCAAUGCAGAUAGUGUGGCAGACACACAGAUCGAUCGAUAGAUAGAUAGAUGGAUAGACAGACAUGUGGAUAGAAUGAGACAGACAGAUGGACAUUUCUCAACUCUCUACUCUUUCUUAUUCCAUGUUCAAUAUAUAUAUAUAUAUAUAUAUAUAUAUAUUUAUAUAUAUAUAUAUAUAUAGAUCAAUUUAAACAAACUUGUAUUAUCUGUGAUACCACCAAAGGGUGUAAGUAACCAUGACGACGUGAUGGGUAACCCACAAAUCGUGCAAUUCGCCGUCGUUGUCGUCAUCAUCUUCUUCUUCUUCUCGUGUCACUAAUUGGUUUUGUUUUUUUAAUAAUUUUAUUAUUAUUAUUCAGUUUUUGUUAAUUUUACACUCGUAAUCAUUAAUAACUAUAAUUUAGAAAAUGAUGAUGGCCUUAAAAUAUUUAUUAUCAGUAUUAUUAUUAUUAUCAUUAUUAUUAUUAUUACUAAUAUUAUUUGUAAUUGAACGACAGGAGUAAACAUAUUUUUUACUUUAUUUAUCUAUUUAUAUUUCUUCAAAUAUAACCGAAAAAAUAACAUUUGUUUGUAAAUAG